AUGAAGCUGAAAAUAGACAACGGUACAGCUUUAUCUAGGUAUGUAGCUGCAAUUUACUGGUCUACUAUCACAAUGACAACAAUUGGAUAUGGUGAUAUUGUACCAAUCACUGAUCUAGAAAGGAUUUACGUCUCUAUUGUUACACUUAUAUCUUGUGGCAUAUUUGGUUAUUCCAUAAGUUAAAUAUAAGAAAUAGUAGGGGAAAUUUAAAGAAAAUCUGAAACCUUUAAUAAAAAAAUGCUAGCACUAAAUAAGCUAAUGAAUUCAAGGUAACUGAAUAAAAAGAUAAUGUAUCAAGUUAUUAAAUACUACGAGUACCUAUACAAAGAAUCCGAUGGCAACCUUGAAGAAGAAGGACUCAAUAUGAUAGAGAAUUUACCUGUAUCAAUGAGAGAUAGCAUUAAAUUUGAAAUGAAUCACAAAUACUUGUAUUCUCAAAAGAUAUUUUCAUUAAAUUUUACAAAACCUUUUCUAAAUGAGCUCUCUAUGAAGAUUAAGUAAUUAAAAAUUGGUCCAGAAACCGAUUUAUAUUAACUAGGUGAAUUUGAUAAGAGACUCUUCUUUGUGUAAAAAGGUUCAAUUGCACUGUAUAUUAAACAAAGUCAUAACUAAAAGGAGUAUUCAAUUUUAAAUUAAAUAUAUUUAUUUUAGCUGUUUACUCAUUUUUGA